GGCCGGCUUGAGCGGCGGCCGCAGCUGCAGCAGGACGGCCCGCCGGCGGUUCGGGGCCGCGCGCCGGGGAGCUCGCGGGGCGGGCGCACGCGGCACCCCCUGCCUGGCGGCGGCCGGCGCCCCAGGGAGGCGGCCCGCGCGCGACGGGACCAGCAGCAUGAGCAGCGGGUACAGCAGCCUGGAGGAGGACGCCGAGGACUUCUUCUUCACGGCCAGGACCUCCUUCUUCCGGAGGGCGCCCCAGGGCAAGCCCCGAGCCGGCCAGCCGGAUGUGGAGAAAGAGAAGGAAACCCACAAUUACCUCAGCAAAGAGGAAAUCAAAGAGAAAAUUCAUAAAUACAAUUUAGCAGUCACAGACAAGUUAAAGAUGACCUUGAAUUCAAACGGGACUUACACUGGCUUCAUCAAGGUCCACAUGGAGCUCUGCAGAGCCCCGCAGACCGCGCCCGGCCCCGGGAGCAGCGACUGUUUGAACACGCUGCACAUCAGCAGCGCCAACACGGUCCGGGAGGUGAUCGAGGCCCUGCUCAAGAAGUUCCUGGUGACCGAGAGCCCCAGCAAGUUCGCGCUUUAUAAGCGGUGCCAUAGGGAAGACCAAGUGUACGCCUGCAAGCUCUCAGAUCGGGAACAUCCUCUCUACCUGCGCCUGGUAGCAGGACCCAGAACCGACACGCUUAGUUUCGUUCUUCGGGAGCACGAAAUCGGAGAGUGGGAAGCCUUCAGCCUGCCCGAGCUGCAGAAUUUCCUGCGCAUCCUGGACAAGGAAGAGGACGAUCAGCUGCAGAGCCUGAAGCGGCGCUACGCGGCCUACAGGCUCCGGCUGGAGGACGCUCUCCGCGCGGUGUGGAAGCCCGACUAGGACCCCGCGCCGCGCGGGACCUGCGGACAGGCCGGCACAGGCUCGCCCCCUCGGAGGGCUGCUUUCCUGCCCCAUGAUGCUCGGGUCGUCCCGCUUUUAGAUUUAGUGACAACCCCGCCCCUCCCCACCGCCUCCGGCCCCUGCUCGGGGGCGCCCCUGCCGGCAAGCUGUGAAUCUGCAGGCUCAUUGGCGCCUCCGAGGGCGCCUGGAGGCGUGGCCUGGGGGCUUGCUUUCUUGUUGGGUUUGUUGUGUUUUGUUUUUUUUUUAAUAUUUUUUCCCUCCCUCAGUUAUUCUAAAGAUGUGAUGAUGUUAAGCUUAAGGAUGUGCAAGUGCUCUUUGAAAGCUUAACAAGGACUCUGUCUGAAUACUAGUCCUAUGUUGAAACUACCUGUCCUUGAGGAAAAAAAGUUUGUGUCAGGAAACGUGCUCAUAGACUGAAAGGGGCAGGACGCGGGGGGCCCGGUGGGGGUUGCGUGAAGGGAUCUCUGGAGUUUGACGUAGAACGGAAAGAGCAAGUCGCCGGAGAGAGGCGGGGAGGGCAGAGGGGAGGUGGUUUGCAGGAUGAGUUGGUGGCCGGUGGAGCGAGGUCCAGAGUUUUGCAUGGAAAAUAAGGUUAAAGGUGUUCUGUUGGAGAGGCUGGGCAUGUCGCAGGAAGGUUUGGUCUCCCGGUGAGGAAAGGUGGGGACGCAGCUGAAGGAAGCGGGAGAAUGGCCAGGAAGGGCCCCGUCACUCAGUAGCUGGCCUGAGAACCUAGUUUUGGGGUAGGGUUCUUGUCUUUCCCACAGCCUGACCUCUCACCCCUCUGGGUGCCCUGUCUACCCGCCCCUGGCUUUGGGUGGGGGGGUGCCUGCCAACUCCUCGGAGAGAUGUCUCUUCGCUUCCCCACCCUGGUGUUCUGGGUCAGGAGGACAGUUCACCCCUGAUUGUUGCCUCAGAGGCUGGACAGUACAGAGUUCCGUGGAGCUGGUUUUGGAGGCUCGCCCGACAGUGCUCAGGAGCUGCUGCUCUGCAGUCCUUCCUGUUAGGCCGGGCUUCCCUUUGUGCCAUCUGCCCAGCCAGGAGCACGGUCGGUGACAAUCCCCUUCCCUGCCUCUAGUACUUUUUUUUCUUACAAAUUUUGAGGGCUCCUUCCAGCAGGGCUGUGGGGCGGUGGGCCCCACUCGCUCAGACCCUCUGCUCCAAAGGACCAGAUGAGGAUGAGGCGGCAGCCAUGGGGCGUGGGGCAGACCACCCAGAGGGCUUCUCACAGACCGGCCCGAACAAAGGAACUUCUUCCCGACAACCAAAGAGACACUCGUGCAAUAGACGCUCCCAGCCCCGAGUCACAGGGCCUCGACAUCUGUUUGUAGUUUAGUUUAAUUUUUUUUUUUUAAUAAAUUCCCAAGGAAUUGUUAACACGUUGGUGACACCUAAUGGAUUCCUUUUGAAAUUCCAAGGUGCUUCAGUUCUUUGCCUCUGAAGUGAGUUGUGCCUUACAUUGCGCCUUUGUGGGUGACCCCAGUGCGGAGACCAGCCCGGCCUGACGGGAGGCCUCGGGAAGGGCUGCUCCGCCGGCCACCCCUACGGGGACAAUCGUGUCUUUUCUGAGCUGCUUGAGGAAAGCCAGAAAAACAGAGGAAAUAGCUCUCGCUCUGAGAUCCGUCUGGCACAUCUUCUUUAACUUUGCAUGUAGCUUUUUAGUGCAUUGGUGGGGUUUUAGUAAUGGUCAACCAACACAUAUUGUUCAGGGAAUGCCUUCGUGGGUUUUUUUUUUUUUUUUUUGGUUUAUUUGUACGUUUGUUUUUUUAAAUAUUUACUAUUCAGACUAUUGCCUAGGUUUGAGUAUACUAUUAUCAGCCAUCUGGUCUCUUAAUUAUCCAUCCUGGUAAGCUUAGAGUUUGUGAAGCAUUUGUUUCCCAGAUUAAGACACUGUUAGAACCUAAAAUAGUUGCUGAUGGGUAUCUGUGAAUUUUUUUUUCUAUGACUUGAAGUAGGUUGUCUCUAAAGGGCGUCCUUGCCUGCAUUGUCUAGAACCUCGCUCAUUGUUUUCUGCACUACAGACCACAAUUUGGAAAACUUGACUGUUGAAGCAAGGUCAGUUCUUUGAAGACUGAUGUCCUCUCCCAAACACUGGUCACUGCAAUAGCAUUUUUUUAAUAUGUAAAAAGGCCACGAAGGCCAAAGAUUUUUUUUGUAAAAAAAUCAUUGCACAAAUUCUUACGUUAAAUUAAACUAAGCUAUAUUGUAAUGCUGUUUUCAAUAUGUGAUGGUACAGGAGUGAUGUUAAAUGAAGGGGCCAUUGUAAUGCAGGGGAGCAUUUUAAAUCACAGAAGUAAAAAAGGUUAUAAUAUUUAUAAUUUUUGAUGAGUUUUAAGUUUAUUUUUACAGGGAAGAUUUAUCUUUCCUACAAUUACUUCUGGAAUGACAAAUUGUUUCCAUUAUUAAAAAUUGAAAUGUU